GUUGGCAACUCCAGAAUUUUUGACAUCUUUCUCGCUCGCUCACUUGCUGCAGCACAGGGAAGGAGAAAACCCGAUCCUGGCGUCUACAGGAUAAACUUUCAGGUUGAUUGGCUACAGUACUUUAGUACUGUAACGACUUGGCGCGAACAAGGACUGCUGGAGGAGACGAAAAUGAUGCAUCAGCAAUCCAUGAUGGUUGGGGAUAUGUUGCCGGUUCACCCGGAGAUUCCGCACGGCGAAGAGAUGAACAACGUGGGCUACGAGAACAGCGGGGCGAACGCCUACGAUGACCUGUUCCCGGCGCUGCCGCACUCGGCGCCACCGGUGCAGCGCCACAUCCAGCAGGCUACUAGCAAGCUGCGUGUUGGCUCCUCGCUGCACACCCAGGUUUUCCACGUGCCAUACGAAGAGCGGAAACUCGACAACGCCAACACGUUUGGCGAGGGUGAAUCGUUGCGUACAUGUCAAGCCAUCACCAAGGACACCGGAGCCCACAUCGAGAUAUCUACCAGCAAGGACGGCAGCCUCACGUUCCUCCUGACUGGGAAGCAUAGCGCCGUUCUCGACGCGCGUCGCAAGAUCUUGACCCAUUUCCAACAACAGGCUAGCAAGCAAAUCUCGAUUCCCAAGGAGCACCACCGCUGGAUCCUCGGCAAGCAGGGCCAGAAGCUGAAGGACCUGGAGAAGGUGACGGCCACCAAGAUCAGCGUGCCCGCCAUCGCCGACAACAGCGAGGUCGUCACAAUCACCGGCACCAAGGAGGGGAUCGAGAAGGCUGAACAUGAGAUCAGAGUCUGCUCAGAGGAACAGUCUCGCAAGGCGUUCGAAAGGAUCACCGUCCCGAAGAUCUACCACCCGUUCAUCCAGGGUCCGUACGGCGAGCGCGUGGCCGCGCUCACGGCCGAGACCGGCGCGCGCAUCCACAUCCCGCCCGCCUCCACGCAGAGCGAGGAGAUCGUCGUCGCCGGCGAGAAGAACGGAGUGCUGGCCGCUAAGGCACAGAUUGAGCAGAUCGCUGAGGACAUGGCCAAGAAAUGCUCGACCGUUCGCGUAGAAGUGCCAAAGUCUCAGCACAAGUACGUGAUCGGUGCCCGCGGCACCACCAUCCAGGAGAUCCUCAAGGAGACCGGCGUCUCCGUCGAGAUGCCGCCGCCAGACUCACCCACCGGCACCAUCACCCUGCACGGACCUCACAACAAGAUCGGCCUUGCUUUAUCGAAGGUGUGCGAAAAGGCUAACUCAGUGAAAACGGCAACAGUUGACGCUCCCACGUGGAUACACAAAUACAUCAUCGGAAAGAAUGGCUCGAACAUUAAAAAGAUUACUCAAGACUUCUCUAAGGUGCACGUUGACAUUACGCAUUCCGAGGACAAGGUGAAGAUCGACGGACCCCCGGAGGAGGUGGAGCGCGCGCAGGUGGAGCUCAACGACUUCGUCAAGAACUUGAUCGCCACGCUCACUUACGUGGAGCUCUCGGUCGACCCCAAGUUCUUCAAACACAUUAUUGGCAAAAGUGGAGCUAACAUUAACAGACUGAAGGAUGAGACUGGUGUAGUUAUUAAUAUUAUUGAAGCAGAAGGAAACAAUGUAAUUCGUAUUGAAGGCAGCCAUCAAGGGGUAGCUGACGCAGAGAGGAAGUUAAGAGAAAUGGUUAUGAAAUUAGAAAAUGAAAGGUCAAAAGAAGUAUAUGUUGACCAUAGGUAUAUUAAAUCCCUUAUUGGAGUAAGAGGGGACAGAAUUAAAGAAAUCCGUGAGAAAUUCGAGCGCGUGCUGAUCACUUUACCCGACCAGGGACAAAAGAGGAGUCCAAUCAAACUGAGAGGACCCCAGGAAGACAUCGAGAAAUGCGAGAAGCACCUUAACAAGCUAAUCAAAGAAAUCGCAGAAUCGUCAUACGUCCAAGAAGUGCCAAUCUUUAAGCAGUUCCAUAAGUUUAUCAUCGGGAAGGGAGGUGCUAACCUGAGAAAGAUCCGGGACGAGACGCUGACACAGAUUGACCUGCCGGCCGAAGGGGACGACAGUGACGUCAUCACGGUGCGCGGCAAGCGAGAGAACGUGGAGGAAGCGGUGAAGAAGAUCCAACAGAUACACAACGAGAAGGCGAACGUAGUUACUGAGGAAGUGACGAUCCCACCUAAGUACUACAACUCGCUGAUCGGUGCCGGUGGCAAACUCAUUCACUCGAUCAUGGAGGAAUGCGGCGGUGUGCUCAUCAAGUUCCCUGCCGCAGACAGUGACAGCGACAAAGUCAUUAUUAAGGGGCCAGGUGAAGACGUAGAAAAAGCUAAAGCGCAGUUGCUCGCACACGCGUCCGAACGCGAGCUCACAUCUCACACGGCCACCGUGCGCGCUCGCGCCGAACACCACAAAUUCCUGAUCGGCAAGAGCGGCGCGAACAUUCGCAAAAUCCGCGAGCACACCGGCGCGCGCAUCAUCUUCCCCACCGACAAGGAUGAGGAUAAGGAAGCCAUCUUCAUCAUCGGUCGCGAAGAACAAGUGGAAGCCGCCCGCAAGCAGCUGGAAGCGGCGGUGGCCGAGAUCAGCAACGUGUCGGAGAGCGAGAUGGCGGUCGCGCCGCGCCACCACCGGCACUUCGUGGCGCGCCGCGGCGAGGUGCUGCGCCGCAUCGCCGACGACUGCGGCGGCGUGCAGAUCUCCUUCCCGCGGCAGGGAGUCAAUAGCGACCGCGUCGUGCUCAAGGGGCCCAAGGACUGCAUCGAGGCCGCUAAGCAGAGGAUCAAUGAGAUCAUUGAGGAUUUGGAAGCCAAGGUCACGAUCGAGUGCGUGAUUCCGCAAAGGCACCACAGAACAGUGAUGGGCGCUCGCGGCACCAAGGUCAAGGACAUCACCGCCGAGUUCGACGUGCAGAUCAAGUUCCCCGAGCGAGACACGGCCGAGGGCGCCGACAUCCCCGUGCGCAACGGCGACGACGAGCACGCCGCCAACGACGUCAUCCGCAUCACCGGCCGCCCGGAGAACUGCGAGGCUGCCAAGAAGGCGCUGCUCGAACAGGUCCCCAUCACCAUCGACGUGGAAGUCCCGAACGACCUGCACAGGCUACUGGCGGGUCAGAAGCGACGCGAGCUCAUGCAGACUUACGACGUCCACAUCCUGCUGCCGCCCAACGAUGAGUCCUCUGAUAUCGUCAAGGUAACUGGGACGCCUACAAAUGUUGGAAAAGCGAAAGAAGCCCUUGCUGAGAAAAUCGUCGAGAUGGAAAAAGAAAAGGAAGACAGAGCUUUGAGGUCAUACGAGCUGAAGUUCAAGGUGGACCCCGAAUACCACCCGCUAGUGAUCGGCAAGAGCGGCGUCGUGAUCACCAAGAUCCGCACCGACUACGGUGUGCAGAUCAACCUGCCCAAGCGCGGCGAGCCCGACGAUGACGUCAUCACCAUCCAGGGCUACGAGGACAAGGCGCACCAGGCCAAGGACGCCAUCAUGGCCAUUGUCCACCAACUGGACAACCAAUACCGCGAAGAAGUCGACAUCGACCCACGAGUCCACAGGCGGCUGAUCGGGCAGCGCGGCAAGAACAUCCGCAAGAUCAUGGACGAGUACAAGGUGGACAUCCGCUUCCCGCGCCAGGGCGACGACAGCAUCGUCGUCAUCACCGGCGACGAGGACAACGUGCUCGACGCCAAGGACCACCUGCUCAACGUGGCCGAGGAAUACUUGCAAGACGUCGCAGACCGUUACACGCGGCCCUCGGCGCCGUCCCUCGACUUCCGCGCGCCGGCGGGGGCGGGGGCGGCGGCGGGCGGCGCGCCGGCGGCCGGGUUCGUGGUGAAGGGCGGGCCGUGGGAGCAGCGCGCGCCCGACACGGCGUCCACGCGGGACUUCCCCACCAUGCCGGGCGCUCCCCGCGCCGCCGCCGGUGCCACCGCCGCCGCCGCCGCGCCGCACGCCUCGCCGGCCGCGUGGGGCCCGCGCCGCUAGUGCCGUCCGACUCCACCGCCCGACCUCAUAUCGGUUACGCUCCUUUGCGCCGGUGACCGCCGUCGCGGCCGGGGCCUCCUCGAAAUUGUUGCGCGGUUAUGUUUCACGCGCGCGCUCCGCCUCCGCGUCGCCGCGGGGAGCGGAAAUUUUUUGUUCUAAAAAGAUUUACACGAAGAAGGAGCGUGACUUAUAUGAUCGAAUGUUAUAUAUUUACAUAAAAUUAUGUAUUUUUGUUCAUAAUAUAGAACGAUCAUUAUUAUUAAUUAUCGAUCAUUAUGAGAGGAGAUAGAGUGAUCGGUUCCCCGAGGUGUGCGGGCCGCGACGCGAUCGGUCGGCCGGCCUAUUUCGACUGCGCGGCCGCCGGGAUAUGACGGUUCACUUGUUAGAUAGAUUAGCUGUCAUUAUUUAGGCGACAAUCUAUUUUUACGCGUCCAGUGAGAUUGCUGCAUUUUCCGAUAAUUCAUUUUCGUUCCGAACUAUAGCAACGAAAUUGGCUGAUCGAUUAGUUAUUAUUGAAACGUAUUCGUGUACGCAUGAUGUUAUUUUUAAUGAACUAUAUACCAUGUAAUGUUUUUAUGGAAGAUGCCAUUUGACUAAGUUGUUAAUUUAUCUAUUCUGAUAUACGAAAUAUACCCAUUUUGUUUUAAGAAUCCUCUGAACCGCCUUGCUAUGCUAUCUUAUACUAACACGGCUAAUUUUCAUAACACGUUGGAUAAUUUUAAGUAUUAAAAGCUAUUCCUAUUUAAUCUAAACCUGUCAAUAGUCUACUUAUUCAUACAAUAUUUCAUAAGUUUCUUACUCGCGUCGUUCUGGAGGAUCCUUACCAUACAUUUCGUAUUUUGUCCUAGUUGAGUGCAUAAUUUAAUGUUUCUGUGUACUUAUUGUUUAAAAUUAUAAUAAAAAGUCUAUUUUUUUCAUAAUAAUUUUCAAAUCUUAUUUUUUUCUAUACUAUGUUUUAUAAGUGUUGCCUAUAACAAUAAAAUGAAUCAGUAAAAUAAAACUCGAGAAUGAAUAUUUUUACAAAGUAAUUUGUACAUAGCAAAUUGUGUUUGAAAUAUAUUAAUAAAUCUUUUACAAGAAUUGAA